AUGGGCACAUCAGAUGGCACCGACCGCCAAUCCGGAACAUACACACCCAACCUCGGCGGCUGUACAAACCCUAUGUGGAUGGAAGGGAGGGGAAGCAUGAACGCCACCCUUGACGCCGGCGACUGUGGCACGACGACAACAAGUACCGCGUCAGACACUUCAACUUCGUCAGCAAGUGGCGCUGUGGCGACAAAUGACACAGUGACGACAACUGGCUCAUCAGGCAGCGCAACUUCGUCAGUCAGCAGCGUUUGGGGCAGUUAUCUACCCAACCUUUUGGCCGUGUCCUUCCUGGCCAUGUAUUGA